CGCGUAUAAUAUGACCAGCGUAAUAGUUUGAAACGAAACGGUCGCGGGAGCGGAUCGAGUUCCUCGUCCAACCAUUUCUUCCCCACUUUUUUUUUCAUUUUUUUAAUCUCGCGAUCCUUCGUCGUCGUCGUCGUCGACGACAUCGGGCUCGAUGGAGAACGGAAGUGGCACGCGACAGUACCGAAGGGAACCAAGGGAACGCUUGUACGUACACGUCGUGCACGCUUUAUGCCGCGUUUCCAUCGUGGAAAAUACGUUUGAAUAUCCCAAACCCGACUUUCUUAAAAAUAUCUUUCGAUAUAAAUGAAACUAUAAAAGAAAACAGUUUGUUCCUGUUCGUGCUACCAUACGAGGUCAACUAUCGCGGAGGAACGCGGACCAACAGGUUGGAAGGGAAGGCGAGGACAGGGGAUCAAAGGCUAAAAAAAGACGAAUUAAAAUUGUGCAGGUAGAGUCUGCGGUAUGCGACAAAAACGAGCAUUUUGAUCGAGGAAAGCCAGGAAGAUCGAAGGCCGAAUAAUUCGAUGCAAAUGCGUCAGGCAGGCAUCGAAACGACACGACGGUACCGCCAAGCUCGAGUAUAUCGUGACUACAACAACACGCUCCAAAAUGUCCUACGGCUCGAAUCCAUCGGUGAAAAGGACCGCGUUUCGGCGAACGAUGACAAUGCUGGCCGCUAUGGAAGCUACUUCGAACAAGCGUAAUAUCACGAACAUGUAUGAAGAUGCCAUUUUACCAGAAUACAAUGUCACCACGACAGCAAGCGGAGCGGCUAGUAAGACGAGUCACUUCGAGACCGAUUUGCAUGGGAAUGUUAACAUUCUUCUCGGCGGGGCGAUGCUCAGCGGCGUGAUUAUGGUCGUCCUACUGAUGUGUUACUGUUGUCACAAGAGCAUCCGGAAGAACCGACCGCAAGAGUACCCGCAAUACUGGAGGACAGAGCCAGACGUGCAUAGCCUCGAGGUCUUCACCACGGAAGCGCACGCUGCUUGCUGCGAUAGACAAUCGAUAGGCGAGGGAAACUUGGACGAGAGCACUUACGGACCCCCUUCGUGUCCUGUGACGCCAAACUCUGGCCCUGGACCACCACCGACCUACGACAGUCUGAUCUUCGACUCAAGAAGCCUGCCCAACUUCAUCGAUAAGAAGCCCGAAGGUGCGGAGACGCCAGGAAUUAUAAUCCCUUCCAUGGUGUCUACGUUACUAAGCUUGAGCACGACCGUGAGAUCCACGGAAUGCAACGAGGCCACGGAACAAGAAAUCUCGGACGAAGGAUUGCCUUCUUACGAAGCCGCCUUAAAGCUGGACGCGAACGGCUACGUGUAACACCGGCGACCGACACGCCUCUCUGAUCCCGAAGAAUUUUACGAUUCUUCGAAUCGAUCGCGUUCCUUCGCGUAUCUGUGUUCAAGUAGAGCAAAGAGAUUGGAGCGUCGAGGGAUUGGAAAGAAGGAAGUUAGGUCCAUUGAUUUUUCACUUUUGCGCCUCCACUUCUCUACCUACGUUUGGGAAAGCCUUGCCUCCUUGUGUUUACAGCGUCGCGAAGAGAAGCUUUUUCGACGGAUCAGACUGAGACUCGAGCAAGACCGUGCGCAAUUGAAAUUUCUGAAAGUUACGAUCCAAAGGAACAGGACGAGCAAAGAGUGACACUCGGAGUGGAGCAGUUGGAGGAUGUUUGGAAGAGAAGUUUCUAGUCUUCGUUUUUGAUCUCGAGAGAAGAAUUCGUCGAGCAACGAAAUUGUAAGUUGACAAGCAUCGGACGCUUAGAUCUAAUUGCGGAAUUUUGAAAAAACAGAGCGAAUUUAUCGAACCAAGAUCGAGCAGUUUCCAAUCGAUAUGUUCCAAGUUACUUAGAAGGAAGAUAUAGGCGUUCUUUUUUUGGCUUCGAAGAAAAGAGGUUUGUCUCGAGGAAGAAGUUGAGAUAAAUAGAAGCACCUGUGGAUGUUCGAUCUUGCGAUCGAAUUUAUGGGAGACGAGAAAUCGUUCGAUGGAGAAUAGAUUGCAAUCCAUAGGUUCGAAAUUACGUGCCUGGCAAGAACGAUCUUCGCCUGUGAUUUUUAAAGAAGAAAAGAGCCGUGAGAUAAAUAUUCAGGACAACAUUAAAUUUCUAAUCGAGUUUGCGACGAAUGAAAAAUUACGUAUCGAGUGAUGUGCUUCAGACUAUUUGAGAAAAGAAAGGAAACAGUGACGGUCGAAAUGGAGUACGCGAAUCAGGUUCGAUUUUUCUGAAACCGUGACACUCCAUCUGUGAAUUAUUAUCUGUGAAUAUAAUGCGAUUAGAUGAAUGUUGAUUUGUGUUUGAUUAAAUCGAAUACCGAGAUUCGAGAAUUCAGCAACAUCGUGCAACGAACGUAUUCCAAAGAAUAUCCCGCAUAAUAUCUCAUUUCAUAUCAUUUAGAAACUCGAAUUCUCAUCAAUUUUCAUGUAACGUGUAAACCUGCUCUAAAUAAAUACGAGAAAUAUAUAAUACACGAGCAUU